CUUGCAGCCUGUAGCGGUCCUUCGAGAGAACAACAACACCGGGGCGUAACGGAGGCGUAGAGAGGCGUAGAGAGGCGUACAAAGGUCAAUUGUAGCUCUCUUUUCGUCUGUGAAUAAAGCUGUAAUGUGCUGACCAGAAGAGAAGGAUUUGAAGGAUAUUCUGUUUGACCGAUAAGGAGCUGAAAUGAGUUCUUCAGAGGAGUUGAAACCAACAGACGCAGACUGUACCACUGUCAGAAGUGUUGGAAAUCUUUCAGUUGGUUUGGUGGUCGAAGACCAAAGUGGAAAGACUUUCACAGACUCUGAUAUUUACAAGACACACUUGCGCAUCCACACCAGAGAGAAGCCCUACCAGUGUGACCAAUGCGAAAAGAGUUUCAGUUACUUAUGUCAUUACAAGACACACCUACGCAUCCACACCGGAGAGAAGCCAUACCAGUGUGAACAAUGUGGACACAGUUUCAGGCUGUUAAGAAGUUACAAGGAACAUCAGCAUGUCCAUACGGAAGAGAAGCCAUACCAGUGUGAUCAGUGUGAAAAGGCUUUUAGUCGCCUAAGUAAUUACAAGACACACCUCCAAGUCCACACUGCAGAGAAGUCACACCACUGUGAACAAUGUGGGAAGAGCUUCCGUUUCUUAACUUCCUACAAAAGACACCAGCGUGUCCACACUGAAGAAAAGCAAUACCAAUGUGAUCAAUGUGGGAAGGGUUUCCGCUUCUUAAGUGAUUACAAGACACACCUGCGAGUACACACUGGAGAGAAACCAUACCGCUGUGAACAGUGUGGGAAAAGUUUCCGCUUUUUGAGUGAUUACAAGAAACACUUGCGUAUCCACACUGGAGAGAAGCCGUACCAGUGUGAACAAUGUGGGAAGAGUUUUAGUUGCACAAGUCACUACAAGAGACACUUACUUGUCCACACUGGGGAGAAGCCAUACCACUGUGACCACUGUGAAAAACAAUUUACUGAGUCUAGUGAUUAUAACAGACACCAGCGUACCCACACUGGAGAGAAACCAUAUCAGUGUGAACAAUGUGGGAAAAGAUAUGGUCACUUAAGUAGUUACAAUCAACACCUGCGUUGCCACACUGGAGAGAAACCAUACUGGUGUUCUCGAUGUAAAAGAUUAUUUGCUUGGUCAAAGUCCCUGAAGGUACAUCGCUGUGUUGAUGUUUAUGAAGAGAGUUCUGACUGAGUGUUGGAGUGCUUUUUACACAGCACACAGAAUAGUUUGUUGGUUCUUGCAGUCAACAAAACAGAAAUUGACCCUUUUUUUUGUACCUUAGACACCUACGUGUUUACUGGAGUUAAAUAAUAAUGGUAGGGUAAGGUAGAUUUAGUGGGUAGGACGGUCACCUAGCUGGAGGUGGUGCUGUGUUACAUUGUGACAUACACAAGUAUGUUAAAGGACAGUGUUUUCUGAGAGACUGUAACUUUCUUCGGCAUGGACUUUGGGCUUUGUAACUUUGCAGAUGUUUUACGCACACAACAAAGGCUAUAUAAUACACUACAGCAUAUGGUGGUCUGCUCUUUAUAUCAUGGGAAAAAGCAAUAUAUUGAAUCAUAACCCCUGUAUCGCAGUAUGUAACAUUGCCAGAUUCUUGCCAAUACACAGCCAUUUUCUGCAUGUUUUAAUUACAGGAUAAGUUUUUGUAACCUUUUGAAGGAAUUGAACAGUGAGCUGUCAGAAAGUGGUUGCAGUUGUUACUGACCGAUUUCCUUAUGUAAGGAUGGCUGUGGCUCAGUAGGGAUGGCUGUGGCUCAGCAGGUAGAGCAUGCCUUCUACUAAUCGUAAGGUCGAUCCCCAGCGCCUCUUGUCAAAAUAUACACUAAACCCCAAAUUGCUCUUGUUGGUUUCCAGCUCCUUGCAUGGUAACCUGCUGCCAUCGCUGUGUCGUUAUUUAAAUGCAGCUAUUUGUCCCUUUAUUUAAACAUGAGUUUGCACUAUUGCACUGUUAAUGGAAUGUAAGCAUUACAACUUUAAAUUAAUUGUCAAAGAUAUUUGUUCAAAACAUAAAAAUGUAAUUAUAGAUCUACUACUUAUGGAUGUAAUCAUCUGUUCACAAUGUUGUUAAACUGUUAGUACAUCCUUUUUGUAAAAUAAACAUUUCCUCGAAACUCUAA